AUUCAUUGUAACAAUAAGUUUUCCAGUUUUGAAUCUUUCAAAAAACAUAACUUGAAUCACUUUUUGGCCGAUAAAAAUAGUUUAACUUUACACAACCCGUCUAGUUUUUCCAAUAGUGAAUUAAAUGCAUUGGAUGAAAAGCAAUAUCAAAACAUAGAAGUUCUUGAUUAUAACAUAAAAGUUAAUGAAAACAGUAUUUUUGAUAAUGAUUCUGAAUCUUCUGCAUAUGUAAAUGGAGAAUGUACAAAAUAUGAAAUUGCAGAUUUAGAUAUUUUGGAAAAUAUGUCUUGUAACUUUAAAACUGAAGACGAAUUCAGUGGAAUUUCUAGUAAUAGUAGAAAUUCAAGUAGCGAUGAAAAUGACGAAAAGCUCCCUAAUGAAAUUAUAAAAAUUGAGAUAGAGACUGAUUGCGAUUCGGAUGAUAAAAUUUUCAGAACUGAAACUGUUACAACAAUUAGGUAUUGUCAAUAUUGUGAGUUAAGUUUUCGUUUAGAUGAGAAGCACGAUUGCGAAAAGUGUGAAAUAAUACAAAAAAGAAUAGCAAAACAUGAUAGAAAUUUGAAAUUCUUACAAAUAGAGGGUAUAUAUUUGUGUAAAGAUUGCCCCAGAUAUUAUGAAAACGUUAAGGACUUACAAAAUCACGAAAAAACUCAUGUUGAUAAUAUUACAAUAACAGAAAAAAACCAUGUGCAAAAUAGAAAUAAUAACAUAUCUGCUGAUAUCAAUGGGAGUUGUACACUCACUGUCGACGUAAAACAUAAUGAAAACGGAGAUGAUUUUGAAAACAAAAAUUAUAGUGAGUUUGAGAUAUUUAUCAAAUGCAAAAAUUGCGGAAAACAUUUAAAUGAAGAUAAUGAAAUUUUUCAGUUUAAAAAUUUAUGUUCUGAUUGUGACAAAUCAAGAGAAAUUGACGGCAAUUCAGAAGCUUCUAUAAGCGAGAAUGAGACAUGCCUAAAAGAAUAUUUUCAAGGUACUCGGUAUAGUAAAAAAAAUGAAAAUUCUAUUAAAUGUCCUCAUUGCAAUAUUAAAUUCAAAGAUACUCAAAACCAUGAUCAAAGUAAAUGUCUGAAAGUACAAAAAUUAAUCAAAAUAAAUGCGAAAAACUGUUACGAAGCUCUUCAGAAUAAAGGAAUAUAUUUAUGUAGAGAAUGUCCAAGAUUUUUUAAUAAUGAAAAUGAAUUAAUUUCUCAUAGAAAAAAGCAUUAUAACAAUGGACAGUGUACUAUAUGCUUCAAAUCCUUUAAAGGUAUAGACAUAAUUGAACACAUCAAAGUUCAGCACCCAGACUGCUACAUAAAAGGAAAUUCACAAAAGUCGAACUCAAAAAAAUCUUAUGAAUGUUCAUAUUGUAAAAGACAGUUUGUUUCUUUAAUAUAUUGGAAACGUCAUUUAUUAGUUCAUCAAAGUAAUGAGCUUAAGUGCGAAUUUUGUAAUAAGGUAUGUCAAAGUUCAAUUAUAUUGAAGAACCAUAUAAGAACCCAUACUGGAGAACGUCCUUUUAUUUGUCAAUUGUGUCCUGCAGCAUUUUCUUUGAAACAUAAUUUAGAUCUGCAUUUUAUAUAUAAACACACUGAUGAAAGACCAUUUGAAUGUCGAUAUGAUGGGGGCUGUGGUAAAACUUUUAAAACUGAUCAGCUAAGAAAUUAUCACGAAAGGCGUCAUACCGGAGAAAUUCUCGGAAAAUGUGAAAUUUGUGGUAUUGAAUACAGAAAUAAGUCCGCAUUCAGAAAACAUAUGAAAUUACGACAUAUGAGUUAUAAUGAACGUCCUUAUCAAUGUGAAUAUUGCGAUAAAAAGUUUGUGGAACACGGACGACUCAAAGAACAUGUUCGAACACACACAGGCGAAAAACCUUUGCAAUGUGAUAUAUGUUUCAAGGGUUUUGCUAGAUACAGUGUUUUGAGAGAACAUAAAAAAUUACACACUGGAAAGAAAAAUCAUGUAUGUAGCAGAUGUGGAAAAGCAUUUGCUCAAACUGCUGGUUAUUUUAAUCACUUAAAAAAUCAUGCUUAGCUCUGAAAAUCUAUACUUAAUUAGGCAAGAAUAAAAAGUGAAAGGAAUUCAAUUUUGUGCAGCUGAGUAAAAUUCUUACUUUUCGCAUAAUUUGUAUUAAAUUGUUUUUUCGGAAAUACAAAAAUCGUAUUUUUUGUAAAAAAUUACUUGUAUUAGAAUUUGUUUUAA